AUGGGCGUAAUCCUAGAGACCGCCCCUGAUGAGUAUCGCCGCGCUGAAUUCUCCAUUUCGCUGAUUACCGACUGCAUCACCAAGGGUAUCAUGGCCCUUCCUGCCCAGUUGAAGAGGACCAGCUACCGCAACCCGUCCAACGGCAUGGACUGUGGAUUUCAGCUUGGAUAUGAUACCCCUGACCACUUCUUCGGAUUCCUCAAAACGCACCCUGUCGCUGCCAAGCAGUUUGACAACCAUAUGUCAGCAUACCACCAGGGGCGGCCAAGCUGGAUGGACGUCGGCUUCUAUGACGUGCCCAGGCUUGUCAAGAUGGACGUGGGUGACAAGGAUGCGCUCCUGGUCGACGUGGGUGGUAGCGUGGGCCACGAUCUGUCAGAAUUCCGUCGCAAAUGGCCUGAUGCCUCUGGUCGUUUGGUACUGCAGGACCUGCCGGAGGUCUUGGAGCAGGCUCGAUCCAUGUCUCUCCACGAGUCGAUUGAGAUCAUGGAGCAUGAUUUCAUCACUGAGCAACCUGUUAAGGGGGCUCGUGCUUACUACAUGCACUCCGUUCUGCACGACUGGACCGAUGAGAACUGCGUCAAGAUUUUGAAGAACAUUGUGCCUGCCAUGAAAUGUGGACACAGCAAAAAAUUGAUUAAUGAGAACUUCAUCCCAGAGACCAAUGCGUACUGGGAAACGACAAGCUCAGACAUCAUCAUGAUGGCUGAUUUUGCGUCCACCGAGCGCACUGCUGGUGAUUGGCAUGCGCUGAUCGGGGCAGUUGGACUGAAGUUCAGCAAGAUUUGGACAGCUCAACGUGGGGUUGAGAGUUUGAUCGAGUGUGAACUCGCUUAA